AUGGCUCAGCUUCAAGGGAAAGUCAUCGCCAUCACCGGAGGGGCAUCGGGAAUUGGCGCAGCCACGGCCCUGGAGUGUGCCGCGAGAGGAGCGGCAGGACUAUCGCUGUGCGACAUCAACGAGGAAGCAUUGAAAAAGGUGGUGGACCAAAUACAGGCGAAAGGGGUCAAAGUGACAGGAAGACGUGUCGACGUCGCAGAUUCGGAUCAGGUUGACGCCUGGAUAGCCGACACGGUCAAGGAGUUUGGCAGGUUGGACGGCGCCGCCAACAUUGCGGGCGUCGAGACAAAACCGGGCGGCAAAAUCUUUGCCAACAUCGUCGACAUCACCAACGACCAUUGGGACUUUAUCAUGAAAGUCAACCUCACCGGCCUCUUUUACUGCCUCCGGGCCGAACUACGCGCCAUGGACCGGGGCGGCUCGAUCCUUAAUGUCGCAAGUUUGGCCGGCGUCAUGGGUCGUCCUGGCAUUGGCGCCUACUCGACCAGCAAGCACGGCGUCGUCGGCUUGACGAGAACCGCAGCCAAGGAAGUCGGCGAGCGCGGCAUCAGAGUCAAUGCUCUUUGCCCUGGUCCUAUAGAGACACCCAUGCUGGAAAGGUUGCUGACCGAUGGUGGUUCGUCGGAGCGCCCAGUCACAAACACGUACAAGACCUUGCCUCUGCAGCGCUUGGGAACUGCCCAAGACAUGGCAAAGACCAUUUGUUUCGUCCUGAGCGACGAUUCAAGCUACACGACAGGAGCAGCAUUCUCUGCAGAUGGCGGUGUCGCCUGCUAG